GUUAUCGAUUAUCGGCUCACAUUGAGACCCCUGACUCACCUCCGCCAUCUUAUGGCCUGUCUAAUUUGGUGCAAAUGCGUCGAGCAUCUCGAACACAUCCGGUCUCCGUGGAUACAUGUGGUAAAACCCCUACAUCCCGAAUUGGUGCUUACUCCAGGGUCCGUGCUCUACAUCUACGAUUUACGCGAGUCCAUAUGUAGCCAUUAACAUGAGCAAUGCUCUCAUCGUACAAGUCUGAUUCAUCUGAAUAUAUCCACGACAGAAGAAGCAGGAGUCCCCCGACGCACAGUGAUGCGAUUGGCAAAGAAGUGCAUGUAAAAUGUAUCGAUCGUGACAUGCGGCCGAAUAUACAUUCCAAGCUCAUAUACGACCCGAGCUCAAAUACAACGAAGCAUCGAAAGACUUUCCUUCCAGCCAGGCCAACAGCGCUUCGCCCCCUUCACGUUGGGCUUCGCGUCGUACGGUACACGCUAUACCUCGAGGCAGCCGGUGGGCUUGCCGGUCUUCAAGCCCUGACCCGCCUAUGUGCGUUUCUCGGGUCGGUCACGUGGAAAGAAGGGGCCAUCAGGCAGUUGGCGUACACUUUGGAGGGUCGCGGCUGGCCGCGCGACAGCGCGAUCAGAGAUGAAAGGUUUAGGAUAACGGUGCCUUCGGAUGCCGAGUUGGAAUAGAAUGGCUGCGUGUCUAAUUGCAAAAUGCAAGAGGACAUCGUGGCAGCUUGCUUUUCGCUAUCUUUGCCUGAGCUAUACAUCGCAACCUUACCUUGCCACAUCACAAAAGCUGCAAAGAAAUCGACGUCCAGGUCCUCAGGUACAUCCAGCGUGCUGCUCUUCGCUCCCUUGCCUUGUACGAACGCCUCGACAAAACCGAGC